UUUUUUUGUCCACAGGUCUGGAAAGGAAAUAACAGAUAGGUCAGCAGUUUGUUCCAUUACCCAGGUGAUUCUGCUGGUUCUAAUGCAGUCAGUCAACUGGCCAUGAACAUAAUACCUCAUUGGGGUAGACGGCUCGUGGAUGCCCCUUCCCAAAAGUGAUGUGUCUCUAUCAAUCUGUCUUUCCAAUAAUCUGAACGAGAUGGGUGGUAUGAUCUUAGAGUUCAGCAAAAAAUCGGACAAUAGGAUGACGUUGCAUAAAAGCAGGAAGUAGCAGAACAGUAGCCCUGAGUCAUUUCCUUCCUUUGCACCAGGAGGUCCAAGGACACUAUGUCCAUCUCCAACGUCACGAUCCCCACGCCCUCUGUGUUGACACUGACAGGGAUCCCAGGCCUGGAGUCUGUGCAGAGCUGGAUCGGGAUUCCAUUCUGUGCCAUGUAUCUCACUGCUGUGCUGGGAAAUUCCUGGCUUCUGAGCAUCAUCAGGUCAGAACGCAGCCUCCGUGAGCCCAUGUACAUGUUCCUAGGCAUGCUGGCAGUCACGGAUAUCGCACUCAGUACCAGCGUUGUGCCCAAGAUGCUUGGGAUCUUCUGGUUUCAUGUCUCAGAGAUUUAUUUUGAUGCCUGCUUGCUUCAGAUGUGGCUCAUCCACACAUUUCAGGGCAUCGAGUCAGGCAUCCUGCUGGCCAUGGCCAUGGACCGCUAUGUGGCCAUCUGUUCUCCCCUGAGGCAUGCUGCCAUCUUUACCCAGCAGCUAGUCACUCAGAUUGGGGUUGCGGUAACACUCAGGGCUGCCAUUCUUGUAGCCCCAUGCCUCAUCCUGAUAAAGUGUCGAUUGCACUUUUAUCAUACAACAGUCAUCUCCCACUCCUACUGUGAGCACAUGGCCAUUGUGAAGCUGGCUGCAGGAAACAUCCGAGUCAACAAAAUCUACGGUUUGUUUGUGGCCUUCACUGUUGUAGGGUUUGACCUCACAAUCAUCACUCUGUCCUAUGUCCAAAUAUUCAUGGCAGUGUUUCGUCUGCCCCAGAAGGAGGCCAGGCUGAAAGCGGUCCACACUUGCGUCCCUCACAUCUGCGUCUUCCUGCAGCUCUACCUCCUUGCUUUCUUCUCCUUCUUCACACACAGGUUUGGUGGGCACAUCCCCCCUUACAUCCACAUCCUCUUCUCUAGCAUCUACUUGGUGGUCCCUCCAUGCCUCAAUCCGCUUGUCUAUGGGGCAAAGACCAAGCAGAUCCGCAUCCAUGUGGUAAAACUGUUUUCAUAAAACCCACUGUGAUUAAUCCCUUCAGGCUUUACUUUUUGGGCAAUACUAACGAUAUCUCAAAUCAAAAUAAAACAACCCACAGUCCAUAUAAUGAGAGGUUUGAGUUGCUUUAUACAACUGUUUUGUGAAAUUUGCCAGGGUCAUAGCUAGGUUUCACAUCAUCAUAGCCCAUGACAACUAUCAGUUGAUGGGACUGUGGAUCUUGCUGGGGUGAUAAGAAUGAGAAGUGCAGAAAGGGCAAAAUAGUGAACACAUAUCACUUCCUUUUCUUUUUUUUUUUUUUGUUUUCUUUUGUUUUGAUUUUUGCUUUUCAGUCUCUGGUUGAGCUUCAUCCUCUAAGAAUUCUUCUCCAGAUGAUUCACAAAUUUUGCAUUUCCCACUGGAUUUAAAUAUACCCAAGGAUUUAUUGCUCUGUGUUGUCCAGGUACUCCAUGAAUGUAGGUUGCAUACUCUGUUUCUUGAUGAUCUCAUGCAUUAAAAAAGGUAACAUCAGAGGAAUUGUAUCUUAAUAUGUUCUUUACCAAAAACAAAACAAAACAAUACAAAAUAACAUUUUACGAAUAUGAUGAAACAAGAAAAUCCAAAAAUUUCAAUAAAUUUCCAGGGUUCUUUAGGACUGACAGGUACAAACACUAUGAGGACUCAAGGGUUCCAUUUUAUGCAUCAAUCCUUCUCAGAUGACUUUUUAAAAUUCCUCAUGUUAUCCAAAACUUACAAUAUUACACAUAUUAUGCUUAGAGAACAGUGGCACAAUGGUAAAUUUACGGUGCUUACAGCUCAUGAGUUUGUCGUCUGAAUUAACAUUUUAAGGGCUCUAUUACUCAGGACUUCACAAGAGACCUUCCAAUAACAGGCCAUGAGUAUUUUCUAACAGGAGUGACUUCAUAUGAAGAAAGAGAACUUGAUGGUGGCUCUCUGUGGUCAGGUAUCUAAAUCUUUACUUUGGGAAGAACAGCUUGCAACAUUCAGCACAUCGCCACCCUUCUUCCUGGUAGAGAACUGCCCACAGCUGCAGGCCACUUGUGCUGACCAUCCCAGAGUAGCCUCUCCUCUAACGUGGGAAUAUUGUUCUGACGGCUGCAUCACCCUGGCUUGAUGGAAAAUCAGCCACAUUUGGGAUGCAGGGAUGCAGAUGCCUUUUGCUUCAUACAAAGCUGUGUCUCUACAUUUCAACAGUAUUAAAAAUACAGAUGAAAAACAAAUGAAAUCCUGCCAAUUGUGACAACAUGGAUGGACCCAGAAAAUAUCAUGCUGGGAGAAAUAUGGUAACAGAGAA